GCGCGUUCUAAAUUCAAAAUACGUUUAUGCGUGAACUGUGUUUGGUGUAUAAAAAUACAAUUUAUUAAUUAUUUUUUUUAAUUUUGUGGAAUUUAAUUCGAGGUACAGAAUAAAAAUAUUAUAAAAUAAAAGCGGUGAAUGUUAAAGUGCUUUCAAGAUGGCUUUCUCGUUAUCGAGGCUUGCAAUGCGUGUUGGUGCAUUUAACUUAGAAAGGACCGCAGCUAUUCUGUCUACGAGUGUAUCUAGUCAUAUUAAGCAAAUCCACACACCACCCUGCACCGGUACGGUAUGUUACCUGCAAACUGAAACGGAUCUACAGUUCGCGGAGAGGCUCGGGCUCCGCAAGUACAGCAAGCAGCAUGGCCGAGAGGAUAGGAGGAAAGUGGACAGUGAUAGUGAUUCCGAUUCCGAUACUGAGUGCACUGGGUUUGAUAGGUCGGAGUUUUGGCGCCGCAAAAUGCGUACAGUACAUAACAUCCUCGAUGUGGAUAAAGACGGUUUGAUCUCGUUCAAUGAUUUUAUCCUGUUUUCUGAGAGAUUCAAGUCUUUGGGGAACUUGGAUGAGGAGCAGGCGAAGGAAUUUACUGCUAUUAUUAAACUAACAUGGGAGGAACAAUGGGGUGCGAUAGACCCGUACAACUACGUCACAGUAGAACAAUACUUGGACGACAUGCAUCACGUGCUUAAUGAUAAGACGCUAAAGAAGAGGGCUCAUAAGUGGCUACCGUAUUUGUUUAAGGCGGUAGACAAGGACAAGUCGGGUUACAUUUCAGUGAAUGAAUUCAAACUGUUCUACAAAUGUCUCGGCCUGAGCAACGAACACGCGGCCAUCGCGUUUGCAGUUAUCGAUAUUAAUGGAGAUGGAAAAUUAUCAUUGAAGGAAUUUGUGAAUCUUGGCAAAGAUUUCUUCUACACAGAGGACGAGACUAGAGUUUCCAAAAUGUUUUGGGGACCAUUGAUUGAUGUUUAAUAUGAUUUUACUAAUAAAUAAUAAAUAUUAUAUAAGAAAUAUAAAUAAUCAGUGACGAUUUUAGAAUUAAGUAAAUAGUUAUGCAAUGUAUUAAAAAGAUAAGGCGAAUCUCAAUAAAACUUUAAAAAUUA